CAGACACCAUCAUUCUUCAAGAACCAGGGCCCAGAUGAACCAGUACUGCAUAUUCCAAUGCAAAAAGUUGGAAUGAAGUCAUCUCUUGUGGUUUACACAGAUUCUGAUAUAUCACAUAGUCCAUCCAAGAAUUCAGAUUCUGACUCUGAAUUUAGCCUCUCCAAACGGAACCGAGAUUCAAUACCACGGCUUGGGAAGACCAAAAGCGUACAGAUGAACAACCAGAUUCAGUUCGAUUCAGACGAGACUUUGGCCUUCACCACAGAUGGCAGUGAAGAAGAAUACAUUCCUGACACCAGUCAGGAUUCAUCUGAUGGAACAGACACAACUGAAGCUUUCGAUCCAGGUGACCAGAGGAAUAUCAUGCCCUCACUGACCGAACUGAACAAUUGCUCUACAAAGCUGCGUAAAAGAGGACGGUCACCCUCAAGAACAGGAAGCGGCACAGGUGAAAGACCUAAAAAGCAAGCUGUAACCAGGGGUCGAGACACGGGAGACCUUUUCGAAACGUCGACUGCGGAUCUGGAGCAAAACAUUCCUGACAGUUCUUCUUCCCAACAUGAUGGUUUGGCUGAGGGUUCACUUUCCAUACAUGCUGUUUGUAAAAAAGACAAUGGUUCCAGGAUGUACAACAAGAAAUAUUAUUGUUUGUACUGUAAGAUGGGGGUUGGGAAAAUGGCAAGGCAUUUGGAGCGUGCGCAUAUCAAUAUGCCAGAGGUGGCACUGGCUGUGUCCUUCCCAAAAGGCUCUAAAGAACGGAGAAUGCAUCUGGAGCAUUUGAGAAAUAGAGGCAACUUCGCGCACAAUGUUGAGGUAUUAAAUGCAGGUGUUGGAGAUCUUGUUCCUCGCAAGCAGCCAAAACAGGAUUCCGAAGCACUGAAGUUCCUGCAUUGCACGUAUUGUCAGGGCUUUUUUGCAAAGAAACUCCUUUGGCGGCACAUGAUGAUCUGCAAGUUCAAGCCUGCUGUUUCCAAAAAACCUGGCAAAACCCGUGUCCAGGCACUCUGUGCAUUUUCCAUACCUCCACCACCUGGUGUGAAAGUCGAAUUUUGGAAGCUGUUAAGCAACAUGAUUCAAGAUGAAGUAUAUUCUGCAGUCAAGUCUGAUGUCUGUAUUAUGGAGUAUGGUGAGCAUCUGUAUAAUCGUCUUGGCUUUGAUGUUUGCAAACAUGAAUACAUUCGGCAGAAACUGAGAGAGCUGGGAAGGCUUCUGGUAUGCUCAAGGAAAACCACUCCCUUGAAGACAAUUCAAGACCACAUCAAACCUGCAAAUUUUUUGCAUCUUGUUCAAGCAGUAAAACUUUUAGCUGGCCAUGACAGUGAAACCAAUUCAUUUAAGAGCCCAAGUCUUGCCCUCAAAAUUGGACAUAGCUUGACAAAGAUUUCAAUGCUUGUUGAAAGCCGUGCACAUGUACAGACCAACUACAAUGCAGCAAAAGAGGCUCGUACAUUCCGCAGAGUGUAUGAAAGUAGAUGGAAUGAAAUGAUAUCAUCUGCAUCACUGAGAACACUUCAGGAAUCUAAGUGGAAUGCCCCUCUGUUGCUUCCAUUCACAAAAGACGUCCAGACUCUCCAUUCUUAUUUAGAUGUGCAGCAACAAGAUAUUCACAGUAAGCUGUCCACAGAGACAUCCCCCCAGACAUGGUCACAGCUGGCAAAGAUCACGAUGACACAAGUGAUUUUGUUCAAUCGACGAAGAGCAGGGGAGGUGUCAAAAAUGCCUCUCUCUGCUUAUUUGAGUGAGGAUUCAUCUGACCCACAUGAAGAUGUAAAUGAAGCCCUCUCAGACCUAGAAAAGAAACUCUGUCAACAUUUCCGGAGGAUAGAGAUAAGAGGAAAAAGGGGAAGAAAGGUACCUGUGCUUUUGACCCCAGCAAUGCAACAAGCUUUGGAUCUGCUGGUCAGCAAACGGCAGGAAUGUGGGGUUCCUCAGGAGAACAUUUACUUGUUUGCAAGACCCUCCGCUUUUACCUGCUACCGUGGGUCUGAUUGCCUUCGACACUUCGCCAAAGUCUGUGGUGCAAAAAGUCCAGAAAGCCUCACCUCUACAAAACUGCGCAAACAAACAGGAACUCUGUCUCAAGUUCUCAACCUCAGUAAUACAGAACUGGAUCAGUUAGCUGAUUUUCUCGGCCAUGACAUUAGAGUGCAUCGGCAGUUCUACAGACUUCCUGAGGGCACCCUCCAACUUGCUAAAAUUAGCAAAGUUCUCAUGGCUCUGGACCAAGGACGCCUGGCAGAAUUCAAGGGCAAGACCCUGGAUGAAAUCAACAUUGAUCCUGAGGAGAAUGUGCAGAUGGACAGUGACACUGAGGUGGCGUGUGAGUCAGAUUCACAAGAGAGUCGGGUCACAUCCAGUCAGAGGGAAGAGAAAGACCCUGCAAUGCCAGAUGUGGGUCAUAGCAAUGCAGCAACAGAGCAGGGCCCUCUGACACCUCAACAAGCCUCUCACUGCCAGUCACCAAAAAGGGGAAGAGGUCGCCAACCUUUAAAGAGAAAAAAGUGGGAGACAGAGGAGAUCCGUGCUGUGGAAAAACACUUGAUGUACUUCAUCACUUCAUGCCGUGUUCCAGGGAAAAGUGACUGUGAUAAGUGCCUUCAAAUGGAAAAAACUGCACUGAAGGACCGAAAUUGGUUGGGCAUAAAAUUCUAUGUCAAGAAUCGAAUCACAACUCUCAAAAACAAAGUUUAAUUGUUAUUUGAUGUCUGUUGACACCUGUUUUACAUGUCACAUGUUAAAUCAUAAUCUCCCUUUAUCUCAGUUUAUCUAAUCUGAUGUCAUAAUUUCUUGCCUAUAGUCUCGUAUUUCAUUUUCUAUAAUCUUUAAUCAUUUAAAUCUUAUUGUUUUCAUAUUUGCAAAAAGUGUUGGCAGUUCUGUUAAGCUAUAGGAGUGUUC